AUGUGACCACAUAUCCAGAAACGGGCUAGCCUGCCAAGGCCGCUCUUCCGGAAUACGCAGCUUCAACCUUCGUUCUCAUAUUCGCAUCGCCUCCAUAGGAUUGCCUCGCACCAUUAUCGCCCUAUUGAUCCUGUCUCCACCGGCUUUUUCACAGCUCUGAACGAGACUCUUCCGUUACAAUGGUCGCCUACUACCAGAUUGCCGGCAAGAAGGUCGGCUCGCACUAUCUCGCCAUGGGCGUCCUCGGUGCGAUCUUUGGCACUACCUAUCUCGCUACCCGCGGUGGUGCUGCAAAGAACCCGGCCCAGGGUCCUCCGAUCAACGCCGCCUCGAAGGAUGAGGAGCAGUUUAUCCAGGACUUCUUGAAGAAUGUCGACGGAGGUUCGAAGGCAGCAAGCCACUAGAAAUCUCCCAACGGAAGACAUUCAUGAUCUGAGGACAGCUACUCAGUGUACAAUGACAGCGUGGCAUGAUCGAUCUCAGGGCGCGGCUACACAAGAAUGACUGGUGGUAUUCCGGAUCCAGGUUACUUGUCGCUUGAGGGGCUU